AUGACUACUGAACGCAUCCUCGACUCUCAAGUCAAUAGCUUUGACUAUGUCAUUGUCGGCGGCGGCACUGCCGGCUGUGUCAUUGCAAGCAGACUCUCCGAAUACUUGCCUCACAAGAAGAUCCUCAUGGUCGAGGCUGGCCCAAGCGACUUUAAUGAUGAUCGAGUGCUGAAGCUCAAGGAAUGGCUCACCCUGUUAGGUGGUGAACUUGACUAUGACUAUGGAACCGUGGAGCAGCCCAAUGGAAACUCUCAUAUCAGGCACUCUAGAGCCAAGGUGCUCGGAGGCUGCUCAUCCCACAAUACUCUCAUCUCAUUCCGCCCAUUCGAGUAUGAUAUGCAAGUAUGGGAGAGCUUGGGCUGCAAAGGAUGGAACUUCAAGACCGUGACACGCCACCUUGACAAUCUACGAAACCAAAUCCAGCCAGUGCACCCUAGACACCGCAACCAGGUCUGUAAAGACUGGAUCGAGUCAUGCUCCACUGCUAUGGGUAUUCCGAUCAUCAAGGACUUCAACGAUGAGAUCCGAGAGACCGGCAAACUGGAGCAAGGCGUGGGCUUCUUCAACGUCUCAUAUAACCCUGAUGACGGCCGUCGGAGCUCUGCUUCUGUAGCUUAUAUCCACCCUAUUCUUCGGGGUCAGGAGAAGCGUCCUAACCUAACUAUCCUGACCAAUGCCUGGGUCAGCAAGAUCAAUGUCUCAGGCAACACCGUGAAAGGUGUAAACCUGACAUUGAAGUCCGGCACCAAGCUCACUGUCUCCCCCAAGGCCGAGACAAUCCUCUGUGCAGGAGCAGUCGACACCUGCAGACUGAUGCUGCUAUCCGGCAUUGGUCCCCAGCAACAACUCAAGGACCUGGAUAUCCCUGUGCUCCACGAUCUUCCCGGUGUCGGCGAGAACCUCCUCGACCAUCCCGAAUCCAUCAUCAUGUGGGAACUCAACGCUCCUGUCCCACCCCAAACAACCAUGGAUAGCGAUGCAGGAAUCUUCCUGCGCCGCGAGCUCCCCAACGCCGCAAAAAACAACACCGAUCCCUUCCUCAACCCAGCAGCACUGCCAGAUGGAAAUAUCGCAGAUAUCAUGAUGCACUGCUACCAAAUCCCCUUUUGCCUCAACACCGCCCGUCUCGGCUAUGAUGUUCCCAUCAACGCUUUCUGCAUGACGCCCAACAUCCCACGCCCCCGAUCCCGCGGACGCAUCUACCUCACCUCCUCCGACCCAUCCGUCAAACCGGCUCUCGAUUUCCGGUACUUCACGGACCCCGAAGGCUACGACGCAGCCACCAUCGUCGCGGGUCUGAAAGCCGCGCGCGAAAUCGCCAAGCAAGCCCCAUUCAGCAACUGGCUGAAGAAAGAAGUCGCGCCCGGCCCGAAAGUGCAGACUGAUGAGGAGCUGUCUGAGUAUGGGAGAAGGGUCGCGCAUACGGUGUAUCACCCGGCUGGUACCACGAAGAUGGGUGCCAAGGAGGACAGCAUGGCGGUUGUGGAUCAUGAGUUGAAGGUCAGGGGCUUGAAGGGAGUUAGGAUUGCUGAUGCGGGAGUAUUCCCUACUAUGACUACUAUCAACCCCAUGUUGACUGUUCUGGCUGUUGGGGAGCGGGCUGCUGAGUUGAUUGCUAUUGAGGCUGGAUGGAGGGGCGAUGGAAGAGCUAGAUUGUAG